UGGUUUAAUCAUUUUGUGUCCCUAUACUUUCUUGCUCGAACUCUAUCCAUUUGUUUUCAUUUUAUUCAUCACAUCUCUUGUUUCAAGUCGAAUCUAAAUUUUCAGACACAAUUUAAGAUAAUGAACGAAUUCAUAUAACAACAACAAUGGAUGCACCAAUUCUCCAAUUAACUUCAUUCUCUCUCACAAAACCCAACACAGAAACAACAUCACUUUUACCUUUACCUCAUCUCAUUUCUCUCAUACCAAAAUGCACCACUCUCAAAGAGCUCAAACAAAUUCAAGCUUACACCAUCAAAACCAAUUACCAAAACAACACCAAUGUCAUCACAAAGUUCAUAAAUUUCUGCACCUCAAACCCCACAAAAGCUUCCAUGGAACAUGCACACCAACUGUUUGAUCAAAUUACUCAGCCAAAUAUUGUUCUUUUCAACACCAUGGCACGUGGGUAUGCUCGGUUAAAUGACCCGCUUCGAGCAAUGAUUCUGUUUUCUCAUGUGCUGUGUUAUGGUCUUGUUCCAGAUGAUUACACAUUUUCGUCGCUGCUUAAGGCUUGUUCAAAGGUUAAGGCUUUGGCGGAGGGGAAACAGCUUCAUUGUUUUGCUGUGAAACUUGGGGUUAGUGAUAAUAUGUAUGUUGUUCCGACGCUUAUUAAUAUGUAUACGGCGUGUGGUGAUAUUGAUGCUUCUAGAAGGGUUUUUGAUAAGAUUGAUGAACCUUGUGUGGUUGCGUAUAAUGCAAUUAUUAUGAGUUUGGCUAGGAAUAAUCGAGCUAAUGAGGCAUUAGCUUUGUUUAGAGAAUUGCAGGAGAUUGGUCUUAAGCCAACUGAUGUUACCAUGCUUGUUGUUCUUUCGUCGUGUGCUUUGCUUGGAUCGUUGGACUUGGGGAGGUGGAUGCAUGAGUAUGUUAAGAAGUACGGGUUUGAUCGAUAUGUGAAGGUAAAUACCACUCUUAUUGAUAUGUAUGCUAAAUGUGGGAGUUUGGAUGAUGCUGUUAAUGUGUUUAGGGACAUGCCUAAGAGAGAUACGCAGGCUUGGUCGGCGAUAAUCGUUGCCUAUGCAACACACGGGGAUGGUUUCCAAGCCAUAUCCAUGUUGAAUGAAAUGAAGAAGGAAAAAGUGCAGCCUGAUGAGAUAACUUUUUUAGGUAUAUUGUAUGCAUGUAGUCACAAUGGAUUGGUAGAAGAAGGUUUUGAGUAUUUUCAUGGUAUGACGAAUGAGUAUGGGAUUGUUCCUAGUAUCAAACAUUAUGGGUGUAUGGUGGAUUUGCUUGGUCGAGCUGGACGAUUGGAUGAAGCCUAUAAAUUCAUAGAUGAAUUACCGAUCAAGCCGACACCGAUUCUUUGGCGAACGUUGCUAUCUGCUUGUAGUACUCAUGGCAAUGUUGAAAUGGGAAAGCGUGUGAUUGAGAGGAUUUUUGAAUUGGAUGAUUCCCAUGGUGGGGAUUAUGUUAUUUUCUCGAACUUGUGUGCAAGAUAUGGAAAAUGGGAUGACGUGAACCACCUACGGAAAACAAUGAUAGAUAAAGGAGCGGUGAAAAUUCCUGGUUGCAGCUCUAUAGAGGUCAACAAUGUUGUGCAUGAGUUCUUUGCUGGGGAGGGAGUUCACUCGACUUCUACCACGUUGCACCGUGCACUUGACGAGUUGGUAAAGGAAUUGAAGUCUGCUGGGUAUGUACCUGAUACAUCACUAGUCUUUUAUGCAGACAUGGAAGAUGAAGAGAAAGAAAUUAUUCUUCGAUAUCACAGUGAAAAAUUGGCCAUUACGUUUGGACUACUGAAUACACCACCUGGAACAACAAUUCGUGUGGUCAAGAACCUUAGAGUAUGUGGAGAUUGCCAUAAUGCCGCUAAAUUUAUAUCAUUGAUUUUUGGUAGGCAAAUUAUUCUUAGAGAUGUUCAGCGAUUUCACCAUUUCAAAGAUGGGAAAUGCUCUUGUGGUGAUUACUGGUAGUAGAGAUUAUUGAGUCAAGAUUCAAUCUUACAUAAUCUGAAAAAUUACUCUAAUUAUUUGGAAGGAACAUUCAGUCAACCACUGUAUGCAGCCCAUAAAAGGAAAAAUUUGUUCGGAUUUGAAUUGCCAUCACCUUAUCAGUGGCCGAUACAUUGAUAUUGGACGGUCUAAAUUUUAAUGCAGAUUUUGAUUAUAUUUCUUUUAAAUUUAAAAUACCAAGCUUGAAAUUUGGACUGUCCGAUCUCAAUCCAACAAAUAUCGAUAUGCUGGCUGCGUGAAUGUUUGAGAUUGCUGACUGCAGGCAAUCCAAAUCUGGAUUUUUCCUGCAAUCCUGGGAAGGGAUCAUGAUCAUAUGAUUGGCAUGUAUUUGUAUGAUUAUUGAACAUAUUUACAUUGUACAUCUUGGUGUAGAUUGUUAACUUGGAAGAUUAAGUUUCAUUCUCAAUCUCAUGUAAUAUAACUUAUACUUGUAUGGCUGGUAUUUUUUAAUACUGAAGUUUAUCUAUGUAAA